GGGGACCGACGUUGCCUUUCGGACGCUCCGCAGCCGUCCUUCAGUUUGAGUGAAAAAAAAACGAGAGGAAAAAAAAAUCAUUCCAUUGGAACAAGUCUUGCCUGUCCUGAAUAUCUUUCAUGACUUGAUAGUGAUGCUCACAGGUCCUUUUUGCAGGGGAUUAGCUGGAAAUGGUUUGCAAACAGGAAAACUCAGUGGAAGCAUCGGAUCAAGAUCUUGAUUCGUCGGGACCUGAAUAUCAUUGGCCUUUGAAGGUGGGAGAAGAAGUGUUUGUCUGAACUAUCCCAAGGAAAAACUUUUCAAAUGUCGGUGUGUCUGGGAAAACAAUGAGACACAGUCACACAAGUGAGUGUUCCAAUGAACUGGCUAUGGAAAGAGCUUUAAUCAAUUGCACAGACUGAGAGAGUGUGUUCCAGUGCACUGACCAUGGAACAAAGAGGUAUCCCUGUUCACAGCCGAGAGAAACCAUACAAGUCCUUUCUGCGUAGAUGAAUCUUCAACCAGUCAUUCAAUCUGGAGAGGUACAAGGACAUGUGCACCAUGGAGAAACCAUGGAAGUGUGUGGAAUGUGGGAAGCGAUUCAGAUUCCCAUCCAAGCUUGAAGUUCAUCGACAGAGUCACACUGGGGAGAGGCCAGUGUACCUCACUGCACAUCAAGUGGUUCAUGCUGAAACACAAAUCUGUAAAUGUUCGGAUUGUGACAAGAGCUUUGAAAACGCAGGAGGUUUACUAGCUGACCAGCAGUUUCACACUAUAAAGAGGCCCUUCUGCUGCACUUACUGUGGAAAGGGAUUCACUCAGUCAUCCAGGCUGACUGAGCAUCUACGAGUUCACACUGGCGAGAGACCGUUCAUCUGCUCUGAGUGCGGGAAGGGUUUCACUUGCUUAACUAGCCUCAACUCGCAUCAAUUUGUUCACUCUGAUAACAGGCCAUUUCAGUGUUCUUGCUGUGACAAAAGCUUUAAGAGUACAGGUGAUCUGCUACAACACCGACGUGUUCACUCCGGCGAGAAGCCCUUCAUCUGCUUCAAGUGUGGGAAAGGAUUCACCCAUUCAUCUGACCUACUGAGGCACCAGCCAAUUCACACUGGAGAGAGGCCGUUCACCUGCUCCAAGUGCGGGAAGGGAUUCAGCCAGUCAUCCACUCUGCUGAGACACCAGUUAGUUCACACAGAUGAGAGACCUUUUAAAUGCUCAGAUUGUGAGAAGUGUUAUAAAAGUUCCCGGGAACUGAUGUCCCAUCAACGUGUUCAUACUGACGAGAGACCGUUCAGGUGCUCCCAUUGUGGGACUGGGUUCAGGCAAUCCUCUCAACUUACUAAACACCAGCGAAUUCACACUGGGGAGAGACCAUUUAUCUGCUCCCAGUGUGGGAAGGGAUUCACUCAGUCAUCUAACCUUUGGAAACAUCAGCGAGUUCACAAGUAAAUACAAUGACUGUAUUUCCCUGUUGUAGUUUGUGCAUUUGGUGUCAGUUUCCGAUGACGUUGAUAAAAUCCAGCCCAAUUACAGUGUUUAGCGUUCUGAUUUAAGUUGUAUAAAUUAACUUUGCAUUAAACCCAUAAUGUGCUGGAUCUUCUUAAUAGCCCUAAUGAUUGUCACCUCUUCCUCUGUCUCCUUCAUCCUUAUCUCUAACAAUAGGGGCGGCACGGUGGCUCAGUGGUUAGCACUGCCACCUCACAGCACCAGGGUCCCAGGUUCGAUUCCAGCCUCGGGCGGCUGUCUGCGUGGGUUUCCUUCAGGUGGCCCGGUUUCCUCCCACAGUCCAAAGAUGUGCAUGUUCAAAGAUGAAUUGGCCAUACUAAAUUGUCCAUAGUGUUAGGUGCAUUAGUCAGAGGGAAAUGGGUCUGGGUGAGUUACUCUUCGGAGGGUCGGUGUGGACUGGUUGGGCCGAAGGGCCUGUUUUCACACUGUAGGGAAUCUUAAAAAUGAAGAAUUCUUGGAGCUUCUCUUGUCAAUGAGAUUGAGUCACUCAACUGCUGCUUCCCUCCCGUCCACUGGUGCAAACCACUUUAUAGUUCUUCCUUGCCCACAAGACCUGAACUCUCCUCUUUGAUGAGUUCCCUCCCACUGCACUUCAUGCCCUUUGAGAUCGUCGUGUCCACAGGAUCGACCUUCUACUCAAUAAUCUGAUUCCUACUAAACUGCUCUCUCAGGGUCCUUCAAAUCACCCACUCUGACACAGACAAAUCCUUCACCCCAAUUCUCUUGUAAACUGUUGGCUCAUCUCCAAGUUCUCUUUCCUCUCCAAAGUCCCUACCUUUCUCAGAACUCCACAUGUAAAUUCAGGUUUCUGUCCCUGCCACUGCAGCAGAACUAUUCUUUACAAAUUGUACCAGAUUGUACCCUCUACCUGUCCUCCCCUCACCACCCUCACCUCAUUUUAUUUGCAGCUCCCCCUUACACCCACCCUCAGUCCUGAAGAAGGAUUACACUCGAAUCGUCGACUUCUGUACCUCCUGAUGCUGCCUGGCCUGCUGUGUUCCUCCAGCCUCCUGCCGGUCUACUCCACAGCUCCACUGCACAGGGCAAGGAGCUCCAAUGACUCGCAACCCUCUGAGAAGAAAUUCCUCCUCUUUAUUCUGCGACUAUACUGUCUGGUCCUAGGUUUUCCCAUGAGGAGAAACAUCCUCUCGCAUUUGCCCAGUAAAGCCACUUAAGAAUCUUUUCUAAUUCAAUGAGAUCACCUCUCAUUCUUCAAAAUUCCAGAGAGUAGAGUCUCAAUCUAUUAUGCCAUUGCUCAUUAAGACAACCCUUCCAUAUCGAACAUCAUCCUAGUGAAUGUUCUCUGAACUGACUCCAAUAAAACAAUUUUUUUUUAAAAUUGGGAGAUCAAACCUGUUCCAUAAUACUCCAGAUGUGGUCUCAGCAGUAUCUUCUACAAUUGCAGUAAGACUUCCCUACUCUUAUACGCCAACCUCCGUGAAAUAAGGGAGGGUUGGCAGCAUGGUAGCUCAGUGGUUAGCACUGCUGCCUCACAGCGCCAGAGACCCGGGUUCGAGCAGCCUCGGGGCGACUGUCUGUGUGGAGUUUGCGCAUUCUCACUGUGUCUGUGUGGGUUUUCUCUGAGUGCUCUGGUUUCCUCCCACAGUCCACAGCUAUGCAGAUUAGGGUGAAUUGGCUGUGCUAAAUUGCCCAUAGUGUUCAGGGAUGUGUAGGUUAGGUGCAUUAGUCAGGGGUAUAUAGAGGGUAGGGGGGAAUGGGUUUGGGCGGGAUACUGCUCGGAGGGUCGGUGUGGACCUGUUGCGCUGAAGGGCCUGUUUCCACGCUGUCGGGAUUCUAUGACUGUAUCUCUGACAUUCAUACCCUCUACCUGUCUUUACCUAUCCCCACUUCACGACCCUGCCCCCACUACUCCCUUUAUCUGCAGCUCCCCUACACCCACUCCCAGUCCUGAAGAAGGUUUACACUUGAAUCAUUGACUUGAGCUGACUAUCUGCUCUUUAUCAGCUAUGUGCUCACUUUCUGUGCCUCAUGCACAAGUAUCCCCAACCCCCUUGGUGUUGCGGUUUAAAUUAUACUCUGUUCUUUUGUUCAACCUUCCAAAAUUAACACCUUCUAUUUUCCCACACAAUGCACCAUUUGUCAACCUUUUGCCUACUGAAUCUGAAAUGAAAUCAGGUGUGGCAUGAGGUAACUGAAGAAUGCCAGUAUGUCAGAGAGAUUGUGGCAACUUUGGAUGGCUUUAAACAGUUCUCUGUUACAGACAUGAAGGACAUGAUUUAGAAGUCUGGUCAAUACCGGUGUCUAAGAGUGAGGAUUCCCGAUGAAGGGAUUAUACUCGAAACGUCGAUUCUCCUACUCCUUAGACGCUGCCUGAUUGGCUGUGCUUUUCCAGCACCACACUCUUCAACUUUGACCUCCAGCAUCUGCAGUACUCACUUUCUCCCAAUACUGGUGCCUGUAGAAUGCAGUAAGUAAUAUCUUGCGUGCGCAAUGUUCUAGAGUCAUGUAUUGAAGGACGUUUGCAAUUUAUAUAACGUGAGCUACAAAGUAUUGUUUGAAAUAUCAAUUGUAUUUGAUUAGACACAUUUUGAAAAAGAUCGAUCUAGAUCUGCCUCGCUGAUAGACAUAAUAUGGGACACUAACAGUUUUUAAAUGUUGAGAAAUUAGGUUUAUACCAUAUUAAAUAAAAAUAAAUGUAUGUUUA